UAUCCGUGUUUGUGGGAGGGCUGGUUAAUCUGUCUGGGUGUCGGUUUUUGUCGGGAAUAAAGCCACCGAGGAGAUUUUUUCCAAAACCCUUUCAACUGUGCGGCGUCAGACAAACUCAUAGUUCACGCCUUUUCGUUGAAAUUACACUUACAGUCAUGCCUGGAAUUGACAAAUUGCCAAUAGAGGAAACGCUGGAGGACAGUCCUCAGACACGCUCUUUGCUUAGCGUGUUUGAGGAGGACACAGCUACAAUAUCUAGCUACUACAAUCAGCUCUUCCAGGCCAUGCAUAGAAUAUAUGAUGCACAGAAUGAACUGAGUGCUGCCACACAUCUAACUUCAAAGCUACUGAAGGAAUACGAGAAACAGCGCUUCCCUCUGGGUGGCGAUGAUGAAGUCAUGAGCUCAACUUUGCAGCAGUUUGCCAAAGUCAUCGAUGAGCUCAGCUCCUGUCAUGCAGUCCUGUCUACUCAGCUAGCAGAUGCCAUGAUGUUUCCCAUCACUCAGUUCAAAGAGAGGGACUUGAAAGAAAUUCUCACCCUGAAGGAGGUGUUCCAGAUAUCCAGUGAUGAUCACGACACGGCCAUCAACAGAUACAGCCGGCUAUCUAAAAAGAAAGAAAACGAGAAGGUAAAGGGUGAGGUGAUGGAAGAUGUCUACACUUCCAGGAAAAAGCAGCACCAGACCAUGAUGCACUAUUUCUCAGCACUUAAUACACUGCAAUACAAGAAGAAGAUUGCCCUGUUGGAGCCACUGCUGGGGUACAUGCAGGCACAGAUCAGUUUCUUCAAGCUUGGAUCAGAGAACCUAACACAGCAAUGGGAAGACUUUCUCACUAACAUUGGGACCAGUGUACAGAAUGUCCGCAGGGAGAUGGACAGUGAAGUGGACGUAAUGCAGCAGACCAUACAGGAUCUGGAGCAGGCCAGUGACCUGUUAUAUAUGCCAGACCCCGACCCCAAUAAGAUCCCCAUCAACCGCAACCUGACCCGCAAGGCUGGCUACCUCAACACCCGCAAUAAAACAGGGUUGGUGUCGUCCACCUGGGACCGGCAGUAUUUCUUCACCCAGGGAGGCAACCUCAUGAGCCAAUCCCGAGGAGAUGUUGCAGGAGGGUUGGUCAUGGACAUAGACAACUGUUCCGUCAUGGCAGUAGACUGUGAGGACCGGCGCUUCUGCUUCCAGAUCUCUGCCUUUGAUGGCAAAAAGGUUGCUAUUUUGCAAGCAGAAAGCAGGAAGGACUGUGAAGAGUGGAUUGCAACAAUAAAUAACAUCUCAAAGAGGAUAUACCUUAGUGAGAACCCUGAGGAAACUGCUGCCAGAGUCAACCAGUCUGCUCUGGAGGCCGUGACGCCUUCCCCUUCAUUCCAGCAGCGGCAUGAGAGUUUUAGACCCAGCACGCAAGGGCGACCCAGAGCUGGCCGGACCAGCAGCCAGAGCUCAGCAGGUUCUGAGUCUCCAGCUCUCUCUUCCCUCUCUCUGGACUCUCUGGUGGCUCCAGACACCCCCAUCCAGUUUGAUAUAAUCUCACCAGUCAGUGAGGAGUAUGCAACCCAGGCAAAAAGUGCCAGCCAGGGCAGAAGGACCAACCCAUUUGGGGAGUCUGGAGAGUCGCAUUCUGGAGAUAGUGAAGAGUCCAUCUUGCAUCAGCUCUUCAUUGUGCGCUUCCUGGGAUCCAUGGAAGUGAAGGCCACAGAGAAUGCAGAUGUAAUCUACGAGACUAUGAGGCAGAUCCUGGCUGCCCGAGCCAUCCACAAUAUCUUCAGGAUGACUGAGUCCCACCUGCUUGUUACCUGUGACUGUCUGAAGCUCAUUGACCCACAAACACAAGUCACAAGAUUAAGGUUCCCUCUCUCCAGCGUGGUACUGUGUGCAUCUCAUCAGGAGAACAAGCGGCUGUUUGGCUUUGUGCUGCAGACAGCCGGAGGCCGGGUAGACGGGCGCCCAGUCACUGUCUGCUAUAUUUUCGAGUCCAAUAAUGAUGGGGAGAAGAUCUGUGAUAGUGUAGGACUGGCAAAACAGAUAGCCCUCCACUCAGAAAUGGAUCGCAAAGCCACACAGAAGCAGAGGGAGAUGGACAAGGCCAAGGAGAAGCAACAAGAGGAGCUGAAUAAACAGAAACAGAUCGAAAAGGAUCUUGAGGAACAAAGCCGUCUGAUAGCUGCCUCCAGCCGGCCAAACCCUCCAGCUGCUGACGGACAGUUCCUAGUCCUUAGCAACAGCCAAUCAGAGGACAGCGAUGCUGGGGAGGAAGGGCGGAAGAGGGGCGAAUCAGAGGCUUGACAGAAAGGAGCAGGAAAAUAAAGUUGAUCUCUAUGUGAGUUCAGCUUUUUUCACAAAAAAAAACUUAACAGCAGGUCUUAACAGCGUUUCCUUCAGGGCUUUCCUGAUUCACUAAAGGAAAUGAGAUUUGCAAGAUGACUGCAGAAAUAUUAAAGAAGACACAUAAAUACAGGAAUGAGGAGUCAAAAUCGUUUUACAUGCAGACGGAUUGGGAGAGUCUCCUGGGAGCUUGUGUUUAAUUUGUAAGAAUCAUGUAUUUUGUACUGUUUACGUUACUGAAUUAUAUCUAAAACACACUUUGAGUUCUUUUCGUGUGUGUGUGUUUGCGUGUGUGUGUGUGUGUGUGUGGGUAUAAAUUGGUGCACUACAUUGUAAUACUAAAAGCUUAAGAGAUGAAUGGAUGGAUGUAUGCAAUGAUUUUUUUUCCUGAAGAAAUUACACAUGUGAAUAACAAACAUUUAUAACGGACUUGUAUUAAUACUGUAUAUUUUACAUUUGUUGUCAUAUGCUCUAACAGGCUUGCAUGUGCUUCAAGUCAUAUCAUGUAGAUCCGUAACUGAACUGUAACAAGUAUUGACAUUUUCCAUUUACGGUCAUCUAUGUAGAAGGAUUUUGGCACUGUGGGCGUGGUUUUGUUGACGUAGUCAAUCAUCUGUGUCUCUUUUUUUCUCCCUCAAAUAACAAAACGCCGAAACGCACUUGAUUUGUUUAAAUAAGACUGCCAAAAAUUCUCUGAUUAAGCAUUUUAGGCAGAUGAUUUUUAGGAAGAUUGUGAUCAACAUAGAUACGUAUUUACGUAGAUUACAUAUGAUUUAAAACUGCUAGCUUUUUUUAGCAGUUAAAAAUAGAAAGGCAUUGUUUCCGUUCAGCUUCAAAACAUGGCAUGUGGUAUAGUUUAUUUUAAAAAUGAGCAUUAGCUCAUAUGAUUGUUAUUAUUAUUUUAUAUUCUUGUUUUUUGAGCCGCAGACGACUUGUCAGUUGGCAACGAUACUGUCGGAGUAGCAGAACUAGGCAUGCAUUGUCUACACUUUGGCCAUUUUGCAGCUUGAGUAUGAGGGCGUAGGCCAGAAAACGUGCGAGUUAUUCAAUGAAACUAUUUUAUAAUUUGGCCUGUUUGACCACCUGCCUUAACCCUUUAACACUAUCCUUUAUAAUGAUCAUACUGUAUUGAUGCCAAUGUCAUGGAAGCACCUCUUACAUUUAAAUAUGAGGAGUCUGAACCAAGUCUGUUUUGGUUUUGUGUCAUUUAUUUACUAAUUCUGACUUUGAGUGAAAUGGUUUGUCCUGUGUAAAUGUGUUUCUUUAAGAAUUAUCACUGACUUUUCUCCUGAAGCACACCUGAGCUGUGUAACGCCCAUUUGAAAUGACUGUUAAUUCUUAUUGGCAUAUAAACAGAACUGGCCCAGUGAAAGCUGGUCUAUAAUGAAUUAUGUCCUUAAUAGUAUGAUUUGCUACAUGUUUUAUGUUCUAAUGAUGGAGAAGGUGUUUCUUUUGAAUUGUGAUUAGCUGCACACAAAUGACAUUUGUCAAAUAUAUUUCAGAUGGAUGCCACUUUGA